CACUAGACUACUGCAAAUUUAGACUUUGGUGCCGUUCGGAAAAAGCUAGAUGGUAUUCGCCAUUUUGUAACCAAUCCACAAAGAGCAAUUAUUUGUCUUCUAACACAUAAUUCAGGAUUGGACUUUAGCUGUUUAUAGAAGGCUAGUCUGAAGCAAACGUCGGAUAGAUCUAGACACAAAACUAAACCAAUUUUCAAAACUCGAGAACAACAACGAAGAGAUGACUUCUUCCAAGAAGCGGAUGCUCUCUACCAAGAGCUGUCGUCUCAUGACGAUGAUGGUGCUGACAGCGAGCUUCUUUUUCGUGGAGCUCAGCGUAGGAUACAUCACACAUUCCCUCGCUCUCGUGGCGGAUUCCUUCCACAUGCUGUCCGACAUCAUCGCCCUCAUUGUAGGCUUUGUAGCAGUCAGGUAUGCUAAACGUGACACUCCAAAGAACACGUAUGGCUGGCAACGAGCAGAGGUGGUUGGAGCCCUUGUCAAUGCAGUCUUUCUCUUCGCCCUGUGCUUUACAAUAUUAGUAGAUGCCAUUGAGCGCCUUGUUCAGGGAGAUAAAAUCAAAGACCCUCGCUUGGUUCUUAUCGUUGGUGGGGUCGGCCUUGCAGUCAACCUUUUAGGAAUUUUGCUGUUUAGUUCACACGGUAUGGGGCAUGGGCAUAGCCAUGGAGGUGGAGGUGGAGGCCAUGGGCACAGCCAUGCAUCAUCGGUGAAGGAGCCUGAAGAAAGGGUAGCUCUCGCUAACGGAACCAAGGGACAGGAGGGGGCGCUAGAUGCUAACGAUGUGGAAGCUGGAGUAGACGUCACAGACAGCGAGACCAAGAGAAAACUCAAGCAGAGGAAACAUGAAGCUUCAGCGCAGCAACUGAACAUGAGAGGCGUUUUCCUUCACGUUCUUGGCGACGCCCUAGGUUCGGUGGUGGUUAUAAUCAGUGCCCUCGUAGUCAUGUUUGCCGACGGUGAUUGGGUGUUCUGCGUGGAUCCUGUACUCAGUAUUCUUAUUGUUAUAAUCAUUAGCACCACAACGUGGCCAUUAUUUAAACAGUCUAGCAUGAUCCUGUUGCAGUCUAUACCUACUGGCAUUGAUAUUGAAGAUAUUGACAAGAAACUACGAGAAGAGUGUAGCUAUAUCGACAACAUUCAUGAGUUCCACGUAUGGCAGUUAACAGGUUCCAAACUCAUCGCCACGCUGCACAUCAGUGUUUCAUCGUUAGAGGAGUAUGGAAAGGUUAUUGAACAGGCCACAAAAAUACUUCACCAAGAGGGAAUCCAUAGCACUACAAUUCAACCAGAGUUUAUUUGUAUGAGAGAAAGCUCGAAGGAGAACUGUGUAAUACCUUGUCCCACUGAUGCCUGCUCAGAUACAAACAAAUGCUGCAGUGCCACACGGCGUAUCGCAGCAGGAAACAGCAAGAGUGCCCAGACCAUGUCGCAGCUGCAGAUGGAAGUCAACGACCUGGAGGAUGAACCUUUUACACAGUCACCUGAUGAAGAGAUGCAGAGCGGAAGGGAUCGUGCACAAGCAGGGAACCAUCGGGCUUUGAAACGCAAAGAAUUUGGAUGUCCGGAUAUUCCUUGCGUAUGUUUUUCAGAGAAUUCAAUAGACGUAUCCGUUCCCUAUACUUUAUGCUCUGUUCCACAUACAAUCUAGGGGACCUCGAUACCUUGUAGAAAGGGAACCUUAUUGGCACAGUUUUUUCCAAAUUACCUCGAUAUUUUUUCUUUUUUUCUUUUUUUCUUUUGUUUUUCUCAAACAAAACAGAAUCUGGAAUUCAGUCUUUCAUAAUAAGAUAGGAACUAGAAACUAACAAUAAACUUUCCCUUUUGUCUCAGACAUUCAACUUUUAUUUAAGCCAAAUAUUUAAAUUCAGCUUACCUAUAAUGAAUGGCUAAGAAGCAGUAUAUUUUAUGUCCAUUUCAUGUUUCUAAUACUGUUUAUGUAUUGAAUAGAUCUCCCUUGUCCAGUGACAGUGUAUUCUUAUUUUGACCAAGCUUUAUUAACCUUGAUUGUCAUAUUAUUACCUCAAAAGAUCAUUUGAUUUUAAAGAGUAUUUUGAUGACCUACAUGUAGUUACAUCUGUUUUGGGGCUAAAGGGUAACAUAUUUGAAGUCUUCUUUGUUCCCUCUUUGUUCCCUUUUUACAAUUUGACAUCCUUUAUCCAAAUCUGUCAGACAUUCUCAGAAAGGAAAGAAUAUUUUGAAGGUGGUAUGGUCAUCAAAAAAAAGUAAUGGAAAUGACUUGAUUGCACUAUGAAAAUGUCGGACAAAGAAAGCGGACAAAAUAUACAGUUCCUCAGGUAGA